CUCUCUCACUCUGUCUCCCGUGCCUCUGCUCUCCCCUUUUCGUCAAAGCACCCCUUCAACACCCCCUCGCCAAAAGGCCCGUUACUCUUUGCCUUUGAACAGCAGGCACAACCCUUUUGAAUGCCUCUCCCCGACCCCGCCCCAAGCUACUGAAAAAGGAAACAUGCGCACUUCAGAGCUAGGAGCUGUCCGAGUGCUGAAAUUUAUAGGCUGGGUAAGAUCACGUCUCCGUCUCUUUCUGAAGCCCUCAUUCCAGCACAGGAUCUCAGCAAUUUUUCCCUCUCCUUCAGUCCCCCCCUCUCCAACACUCCAACGCGCAGAGUCCUUUCUUCUCCCUCAUUUACAACUUCUUUAAAAAAGAGAACAUUUUCUAGAGAAAAGGGCUUUUCUAAACAGAAAGAAUAUAAAACAAAAGCCACAGCAACCCGAGUUUCAGCAUGGCAUUGUCACCAGCCCCCUUUGCAUGGUGAUGCGAUUAAGAUAGCAGCAUUUUUAUUAUUCAGGAAAAGCAGCUGGGGGAUUCAUCAGUUCUGAGGCUUUGUCUUUUCUAGGCUAACUGAUGGUCCUGAGCCUCGGUUUGACCUGACCAUGAUGCCCAGGACUGGCACUUUUUGUUUUUUCUCAGCAAACUGUACAACCUCAAAUCUCUUUUUGAUUUUCAAGGAAACUAGAUUGCUGCCAGAUUUUGAAUCUGGACAAUAAAUAGAUACUUUGUCCUAGCUUCUUUCUGGAAUCAUUUCGGGAUAUUUUCCACAAGCAUCACAGAAACAGGAAUGAACCGGCAGCUAGUGAACAUUUUGACAGCCUUGUUUGCAUUUUUCUUAGAGACAAACCACUUCAGAGCGGCUUUCUGCAAAGACCAUGACUCCAGGUCUGGAAAACAACCUUCGCAGACCCUGUCUCCUUCAGAUUUCUUGGACAAAUUAAUGGGAAGGACAUCAGGAUAUGAUGCAAGAAUCAGGCCAAAUUUUAAAGGGCCUCCUGUAAAUGUUACGUGCAACAUAUUUAUCAACAGCUUUGGGUCAAUAGCAGAAACUACAAUGGACUACCGAGUGAACAUUUUUCUGAGACAACAGUGGAAUGAUUCACGGCUGGCGUACAGCGAGUACCCAGAUGACUCCCUGGACUUGGACCCAUCCAUGCUAGACUCCAUUUGGAAACCAGAUUUGUUCUUUGCCAAUGAGAAAGGUGCCAACUUCCACGAUGUCACUACUGACAACAAAUUACUCCGGAUUUCAAAAAAUGGCAAAGUGCUCUACAGUAUCAGAACAGCAAAAGAUAUGGGCUCCCAAGACCAAGAGAAAGAAGCAAUUCUUGUAUCUCUGGUUCCCAAGUGUAGCAUGUUACAGGCUCUGAAAUUCCCUAAUAAGCGUGAAUUGUUUGGGGUUUGUUUUAUUGGCAAGCUGUGGGGAUUUUCUAAAAUCAGAGGAAAAACCCUUG